AUGGCGUCGAGUUCGGGUUCAAGUUCGAGUUCAAAGUCGCGGCGGCCGGCUAGUUCGAGAUCAAAUCCGCCGCCGCAGGCUAGUUCGAGUUCAAGGCCGCAGCCGCCGCCGCCGGCUAGUUCGAGUUCAAGGCCGCAGCCGCCGCCGCCGGCUAGUCCGAGUUCAACGCCGCCGCCGGCUAGUCCGAGUUCAACGCCGCCGCCGCGGGCUAGUUCGAGUUCAAAGCCGCCGCCGAAGCUCCCGAAGGAGGAGAUCAUAGUCGACGGCAUAGCGAAGACUUGCUGGGUGAAGUUCAGUCAGGAGGCGACAUUCGCGCUCUACACUCCCUUCAUCGUCUGUGUGGCGUCGGGGACUCUCGAGGUCGAGACGUUGAGACAGUGCAUCGCACAGGACGUUCAUUUCCUCAAGCCAUUUGAUCAAGCGUUUGAGUUAGCAGAAACAUACGCAGUCGAUGAUGAUGAUAGGCGUGUGGUGAAUAAGUUGAGGAAGAUUACAAAAAAGAAGCUCAACUUGCAUGAUUAUUUUGUCCAGGAAUGGGGCUCUGAUGUGGUCAAAGAUACUACUCCGAAUCCAGCAACUUCUAAGUGCAUAGAUUUCUUGUCGGAUACAGCGUUGGGAAAGAUUGAUGGGAUCAAACCUCUUUCUAGAGGAUUCACUCCUUAUGAGAAAACCAAGUUGGCCGCUUAUAUCCUAGGCGCUAUGACAUCUUGCAUAAGGCUUAAUGCGUACAUUGGUAAGGAGGCGCGGGGAAUUUUUUCCGAACCUCGCUACAAUAAGUGGAUUCAGAAUUACUCCUCAAACAGUUUCCAGGAUUUUCGUUUGCAAACAGAGAAGGUGCUGGACAAGUUAAGUGAGGCUUUGACUGUGGAGGAGCUUGGCAUCGUUGAAAGAGUUUAUUCUCAAGGAAUUAAACAUGAGAUAGACUAUUUCUUAGCUCAGCCACUUAUUCAGAAAGCUAUUGUACCCCUCUCAGGAGAGCAUAACCUAGAAGAUCGCCGACUGAUGAUAUUUUCCGAUUUUGAUUUGACAUGCACUAAAGUUAGUUCAUCUGCUUCAUUUGCAGAACUUUCAGUACUAACAGCUCGAGUUUCUGAACAAAUCUCAACAGAAAAUCAAAUUGCACAUAUGACAUCGUCUGAUCUAAAAAAGAGUUGGGAUGUUAUCUCCGAGAAGUACAGAGAUGGGUAUGAGCGGUGUAUAAAGAAGUUGUUAUCCACUGAAAAAGCGGUGAAGAAGUUUAACUAUGAAGGUCUGCGAAAAGCACUUGAGAAAGUUUCAGAUUUUGAGAAAAAAGAAAAUUUAAAGGUGAUUGAAUCUGGCCUGCUUAAAGGUCUUCAACUGAAACACAUAAAACAUGCUGGGGAAGUUGUGAAACUCCAAGACGGUUGUAUGAACUUUUUCCAAACUAUAAAAAAGAAGAAUGCAGUAGAUGUUUAUGUGCUCUCCUAUUGUUGGUCUGGUUACUUCAUUAGAGCUGUCUUUACAAAAGGGGAAGUAGAUGACGUAAAGGUGCAUGCGAAUGACUUAGAAUUUGUAGAAUCUGUGUCCACUGGUGGAAUUAUGAUGAAGGUGCAGUCCCCCAUUGACAAGGUUGAAGCUUUUGACAAAAUCAUCCUAGAGAGCAGCGAGAAAGGGAAUGAUAAGAAGAAACUGCUGAGUGUUUACAUCGGAGGGGAUGUAGGGGACUUGCUGUGUUUGCUUAAAGCAGAUGUAGGGAUCGUGCUAGCUUCAAGUUCAAGCGAAAGUCUGAGAAGAGUGGGGAAGCGUUUUGGCGUCAGAUUUGUUCCACUCUUUAGUGGUGUGGUUAAGAAGCAGAGGGAACGUGUCGAGGUCGAGGUCGAGGGAUCUUCUUCUACUUGGAAAUGCUUGUCCGGCAUUAUUUACAUAGCCUCAAGCUGGGCAGAGAUACACGCUUUUGUCAUUGGCUCUUAGGACAUUGAGAGAAAUGUUAAUACAAAAUUGAAAUUAGUGAGAUAGAUACAAUGAGUUUGGUGGCCAAUUUUAUUGUGGCUACACACACUGCAACUCUUCCUUUCCUUAUAGGCAGGAGGCUACUGUGCUCAGAAAUGUAAAUGUGAUUCAUUUGGCUGGAGAUCUUAGCCACAAACAAUACUUUUUGAUCGAUCAUUUCUCUUUGAACAAUAUUGAAGCUUGCAUUUAUGAAUGUUUCAUCUUUCAAUUCUC